CCAAACCCCUCCACGCCGUCCCUACUCUCUUCACUUUGCUACUCCCUCUCUAAUGGCAAUUUCGAAAUGCAAAUUCAGUCUCUUCUAGCUGCUGCUGCGGCUAGAUUCCCUCCUUCGUGCCUUAGGCAUACUUUGAAGACGAGCAGUUCCGCCGUUUUGUGCCAUCGGAGAGAUUAAAAGAAUCGAGCUUUUAGCUCUCAAAGUGUCUCUACACUCCGACGAUCGACGCCGACGCCACUUCCAAAACACCGUUGUAGCUCGAGUCUCGUGGCUCUUCCGUCUUUCUUCUACAGUCUUUGUCGAGGAACCAGACAAAUUUCUACAGAAAAAGAACAAAAGCAUACCCACGGGGCCACGAGGUUGCCGAGAUUCAGAAAGAGGAAGAGUAAAACAGAGUGGUAAAAUAGGAAAACGAAAAAACACUGUUGCUUUUUACAUUCACGCUUUUAAUAUAGAAUAGAAACCUCAACCCCAGUUCCUUUUCCCUCGAAAUUCUGUUUCCCAAGGACCCAAACUGAGCUUCCUUCUUUUCUCCUCUUCACCAUUUUCGUUCCAUCCAUUGUCCAGAAACCCCAAGAAGGAUUUCACAAAAUCCUCCCAGUAUUUUGGUCAUUGUCCCAGGUGCGUGUGUGCUUUUCUUCCUGAUUUUCUUUGCUUCAUUUCUGUUUUCGGCAUUUGAGAUUAUUUUGGGAAAUACAUGUCGCACGGUUGCUAACCAGAGACACACUGAGCCUUUUCUGGCAUUUGGGAGGGGGUCUUGUAGUUAGAGUGAGAUACAGAGAGCUUCAACUUUGUGGCUGGGCAUGAAGUAAUCUUCUUCUUGGAUCUACAGAAGGGUGUUCCUCUUUUCCAGCUAAAAGUAUUGAGUUCAUUGAAGCAUUGCCACUACAAAUAGAACUGCAAGUGCUGGUGGAGUUGCUGUUGCAAAUUUACUCUCUAGAAAGAGAGAAUGCUCCUUUGGAUGAGACAAAAGGGAUCUAACCAAAUUGCUCACUUACCUCAUAAGCUCACCUCUUUGCUGAGUGUUGCUUUCAUAUCAUCCAAUUGCUCAAAUAUAUCCACAGAAGAUAAAAUUGGAAUCAACAGCAUAGUCAGAAUAAUUAACGACCAUCCAUUUCCUGAUCAACCACUUCAUCCCACCCUUCGCCAAUACAUUCCUCUCAAUGUCCUUUCCAACACCUUUAUGGAGAAUGUUCUGGGUCGUCUCUUUGCAGCCCACUCCAAUGGUCUUAAAGCACUUGAAUUCUUCAAAUUUUGCCUCCACGAUUCACAGUUCUGUCCAAGUGCAGAUGCUUUUGAAAAAACGCUCCACAUCCUUGCACGGAUGCGAUACUUUGAUAAAGCUUGGGAACUGAUGGAAGAAAUCAGACGGAGACAUCCUUCCUUGCUUACCCUCAAGUCAAUGAGUAUCAUGUUGUCAAAAAUUGCAAAGUUCCAAUCUUUUGAAGAUACCCUGGAUGCAUUUCUGAGAAUGGAGAAUGAUAUAUUUGUUGGCAGGAAGUUUGAUACUGAUGAGUUCAAUGUACUACUUAAAGCAUUUUGCACACAGAGGCAGAUGAAGGAGGCACGGUCAGUGUUCCUAAAGAUGCAUUCUCGAUUUCCACCCAAUACCAAGACCAUGAAUAUCUUACUCUUGGGGUUCAAGGAAGUGGGUGAUGUUACUGCAGUAGAAUUACUCUACCAUGAAAUGGUUCUGAGAGGCUUUAAGCCAAAUAGUAUAACUUACAAUAUUAGAAUCGAUGCUUACUGUAAGAAAGGUUGCUUUGGUGAUGCUUUGAGACUCCUUGAAGAAAUGGAACAGGUGAAUUGCUUCCCUACUUUAGAAACAAUUACUACUCUGAUUCAUGGAGCUGGGAUUGUUCGAAAUACAAUCAAAGCACAGCAAUUAUUUCAAGAAAUUACGUUGAGGAACUUGCACCCUGAUACUGGGGCUUACAAUGCUUUGAUGAGUUCCCUUGUUAGAUCGAAAGAUGUGAAUUCUGCUGUAGCUUUGAUGAAUGAGAUGGAAGAGAAGAAUUUUGAGCAUGAUAGUAUGACCUAUCAUAUCAUUUUCUUAGGAUUGAUGAGGUCAAAUGGCAUCGAGGGCGUUUGUGAGCUAUACCACAAGAUGGUUGAGAGAAAUUUUGUGCCCCAAAUACGAACAGUGGUUAUGUUACUGAAGAUUUUCUGUGAGAAUAGCCGGCUUGAUUUGGGUCUGAAUCUGUGGAAUUACCUUAUAAAAAAUGGCUAUUGUCCUCAUGGCCAUGCAUUGGAUCUUUUGGUGACAGGACUGUGUUCCCGCGGGAGGGUGCAAGAAGCAUUUGACUGCUCCAAACAAGUGUUGGAGAGAGGGAGGCAUAUAAGCGAGGCAGUGUCUCGGAUGUUGGAAAAAUCUCUGCUGGAGACGGGUGAGAUGGACAAGUUGAGUACACUCCACCAGUUGAUGAAAAAAUUACAAGAUGUUUUGCCCCCAUCAAAAGGGCAUGCUGUUUUUAUUGCUGCCUCAACAGAUUUGAAGUAAUAAGGUUUAUUUUAGAGCAUAUACUUGUCAUGAUCCAUAAAAAAGUUAUUGCAUAUAUGCCUCAAACUGGUAGGUGAGCAUUGUCUUGCAACAUCUUUGGAGAAAUCAUCAGAUCACAUGAGUUUCCACCUCGGACUUGUAUAUGAAUCUCCCUCAAAAUUUUACAAUAGAAGAAAACUUCAUUACUUGCCCAUCA